AUGUGCACACCACAAGCUCCCUCUCUCUGCAAGGUUGCUCUUGAAGUCCAGGCUCAUAUCAUCAGCUACCUUCAUGAUGAUUCUCUAGCAUUAUGCUCCCUUGGUAUUGGAAACAAAUCUCUUGGCCAAAUGGUGUUCCCAAAAUUGUAUGCAUCUGUGCCUACCAUGGCACUGCGGACCCUGUCCAAAUCCGAGACAGAUACUCAGAAAAUACUGGGAAUCCAACACCCAUCUUAUUAUGUGGAGCAACUGCGGGUCUCGACUUCUGGUCCCCGCCGGAAUGUUGUUCGUGACUAUUUUACACCAUCACUCUUCAACAUCAAUACCCACCGUGACUCGAUGAAGCUUUUCUCCUAUACUUCACACACCUUGGCUCUGUCUGAUGUACUUGGGUUCUGGAUACCCAAUUCCUUGAGUAUAGAGCAUGUUGUCCUCAAGUGUCCCACCAGAAAUAUAGAUAAGCUGCAACUUCAGUGGCUUUCUUCUCAUGAAACUCGCUCAUUUGUAGCAGAAUGGACAUCCACAGGUCUACGGAACAGUGUUUUGGUUGGCACUCAUUUCUUGCAUUCAAUCACAAGAUUGGCUUCCAUCUCGGUCCUGGUGUUUGAUUUUCCAUCUUAUUUAUCUUACCCAGAUGGCAUUGAGGAUUUCUCAGAGAUUGAAGAUCUCGAAUUCCCAAAUCUUGUGCACUUUGGGUUUGGUAGUUACUCACUGCCACUGAGUAACCAGAAUAUGCUCUUACAGGCUGGGAUAGAUCCUACUAUUCCCUUACUACCUGGGAAUAUCCUUCGUUUUCUUCACCGUCACCCGUCUAUCAAAUCAUUGUCCUACGACCUAGGUCUCCUCACGGCGGAGGACCUGACUGCCAUUAAAGAGCAUACACUCCUUCCCAAUCUACAGGAGCUUUAUGCCUCUGUUGUGGGCUGCUAUGACGUCUUCACCAAAUUCAACUUGCCCCUCAGUGUCUUGAAUCUGACCAAGGUGAAAGGGGAAUUGCCCCUUUUCCACAUCCUCUGCCAGGGUCUGAAGAAUAUCAGAUCAGUUGAAAUACUUACCCUUGGUGCAGACUCAGAAUUUGCAGCAAGUGAGAUUGGUUCUUUAUCCUUCCUUUCCAUGGUCACAUCAAUCCGACGUUUUUAUCUAUCACUGGCAGUGUCUCCUCCAUCUGUGUGUAUCCUCUCUUUACUCCUUGUCAUGGCUUUUAUUCUGACCUGGGAAUUUUCUCCACAGGUCUUUACAUUGGCUCAUGCCCGGACUUUUUACAAGACUGUCCUAGCAUGGUUUCCACUGUUGGAACAUCUUUGUGUGCACAUUACGUGUACCCCAUCUCUGGAAGAUGCAGACUGGCAUAGGUCUGCAAUUAAAUAUGGACUUCGACAUCGUCCCGGGAAUGUUGCAUAUCCUCCUAUUUCAAUUGUUGUCCAGUUGGUUUUGCCUGACUCACAUCGGGAGAUUCUACAUGUCUUGGGCUAG